UGGGUUAGCUAAUCUCUCUGGAUUAAGCUUGAUCUCUUAGAAGGAUUCAAAGAUGGGGAGAGCUCCUUGUUGUGACAAAGCGAACGUGAAGAGAGGGCCGUGGUCACCUGAAGAAGAUUCCAAGCUCAAGUCGUAUAUUGACCUACACGGCACCGGUGGUAACUGGAUCGCUUUGCCUCAAAAGAUCGGCCUUAAGAGAUGUGGGAAGAGCUGCCGACUCAGAUGGUUGAACUAUCUGCGCCCAAACAUCAAACAUGGAGGAUUUUCUGAAGAAGAAGACAACUUAAUAUGCAGCCUCUAUAUAAGUAUUGGAAGCAGGUGGUCUAUAAUUGCAGCACAACUGCCUGGAAGAACUGAUAAUGAUAUAAAGAACUACUGGAAUACAAGGUUGAAGAAAAAACUUCUCGGAAAGCAUCGCAAGGAACACCGGGCUGCUGCUCGUAGAUCAAGUGCAAAUCUAAAACAGCAAGAAAUUAUCAAAAGAGGUCUCAUCAUCAGUAGUGGGAAUUCGAACAAUAAUUCGAUGGUUAAUUCAGUGGCGGCUGACAGCCAAAAUCCUUACUGGCCAGACCUACCGGUACUCGAAGGAUCAUUGAUACCCAAUUACACAUUACCAAACCAAGAAGUAGUAGUUCCUUCUUUCAACGACCAUACGUCUAUCAGAAAACUGCUAAUCAAGCUCGGAGGAAGAUUUCACUCAGAUCAUUACGACAAUGUUGUUCAACCUAAUGUCCAAGAUUUGUACUCCUGUAAUGCCAAUAUUCAACUGCCAGUUGAUCAAUUUCCCAGAUCAACGCAACAGAUCUAUCAUGAGGAGUAUGCAGCCAAUAUGCAAUCAUCUGCUAGCCCGAUUGUAGCUGUAGCCAGCAACAAUAUCAGCAGCCUGGACCAAUUUGCACAGAUGAACAAUUACAACAACCAGACAGAUAAUGCUGGAGAUGGUGCUGUGAACAUGUUUCAAGAAGCGCAAAGUAGUAACUAUCUUAAGGACUUGGUGUACAACAUUGAUCCAGAUAAGUUAAAUGGGUUGGAGUUCUUAUACAGUGAAGACAUCAUGAUCAUGAUGAAUGAAAGACCAAUUAGCAGUACUACUAGUAACAAUACUAGCUAUGGUGAUCAAAGUACUAUUGGAUGGAGUGGUGAUCAGAUGCAGGUGGUGUGUCCUCUUGUAGCUGCCUCAGGCUCAAACUAUCAUGAAGGCAUGCAGAGAAUGAUAAUGCCUCAAGAUCGAUGCGCUAAUAUCUGCGGCUUGAGUAGUUAUCCUGGGGAUGGUGUACAAUAAUGUCAUGAUGGUGUACAUUAAUCAAUGUAAUAAUAGAUUUGGUAGCAAUAGUGGAUUGUCCCAAGUAAACCCUAACUAUCUUCUUCCGAAUUUUUUUAGAUCUGUUAUCGAUGUGCGCCAUGAUUGUUCUUAUUAUAUUAUA